AUGCCAAGGUUACCAGUUGGUCGAGGUCGUGGUCGAGGUCGUGUUCGAGGCCAAGAAGUUGAUCCAAUUGAUUAUAAUACGAUGAAGGAAGAAUUAUUGAAUGAAAUCCGAGUGAUGAUGGGUCAGAAUAACAUUCAUCAUGAAGAAGGAGACGAGGAAGAAGGGGAUAAUACCGACGAAGAAGGGGAUUAUACCAACCCUUUUGGUAGAGGACGCCGUGAAGGUAGGAUAAUCCAACGUGACGAUUCUGAGCGCUGGAAGGCCGGAAUAAAAGUGGAGGUUCCAGAAUUCUAUGGAGGUUUAGAACCGGAGGAGUUUCUUUCGUGGUUGAACACAGCUGAGGAAGUAUUGGAAUUUAAGGAUGUACCAGAUAACAAACGAGUUCAGCUGGUAGCAACUAUGUUUCGGGGAAGAGCUAAUUCGUGGUGGCAACAAAACAAACUACAAAGCUCUCGUAAAGGGAAGCAGAAGUUAGUCUCGUGGGAGAAGAUGAAGAAACAUAUGAGAGCAGAAUUUUUACCACACAACUAUAUCAACUUGAUGUACCAGCAACUACAAAACCUACGCAAGGGAACACGUUCUAUAGACGAGUACACGAAGGAAUUUUAUCGAUUAAUUUCUCUUAACGAUUUGUCGGAGUCAUAUGAGCAAAGAGUCGCACGUUAUGUAGGUGGUCUUCCUCAGCAAUAUCAGGAUAAAGUUAACAUGUUUGACUGUUGUUCUAUAUCGGAUGCACAUCAUAGAGCAAGGCAGGUAGAGAAACAAGUGGGGCGUAGAAGUUCAAAUUGGGGUAACAAUGUAGCAUCUUCCCCAACAAGUAAUCGUAGUACAUCAAAAACUAGUACUGUUAACAAACCUAAUUCGGUUUCGAACCCAAGUAAAACUCCAAUCAGCUAUUUUGGAGGCAAGUGUAAUAAGUGCGGUGAAACUGGGCACAAAGGAAUUGACUGUCGCAAAGUAGAACGUGUGAACAAGGUUCUUUUCAAUGAAUACAAUCGUGAAGAAGAUGAUUGGGUACCUGAAUAUGAUGAGGAUCCAGAGGAUGACUCUGAACCUAGUGAUGAAGUAGUUACAGGAGAUACAGGAGUGAACUUUGUAGCAAGAAGAAGUUUUCUCACUCCACGUACAGAUGAGGACGACAACUGGUUACGUAAUAAUAUAUUCCAGACGACAUGUACGAUCGAGGGAAAAGUUUGUCGUUUAGUUAUUGAUCCUGGAAGUUGCGAGAAUAUUAUUGACGAAGAGGUCGUGAAACGGUUUAGGCUGGAAACCAAGGCACAUCCGCAUCCAUAUAAACUUUCUUGGCUUAAGAAAGGGAAUGAGGUGAAAGUAAACAAACGUUGCUUGGUUUCUUUUUCGAUUGGUAACAAAUAUAAAGAUAAAAUAUGGUGUGACAUUACUAGUAUGGAUGCUUGUCACUUGUUGUUGGGUCGACCAUGGGAGUUUGACAGAAAAACUAGUCAUGACGGGCAUAAAAAUACCUACAUCUUUUUAUGGAACGACGUACGUAUAGUACUUGUACCCAGCAAAGAAAUUUCACCUAAACCAUCUACCGGACAAACUACCAAUCUCUUGUCGUUUAAGUAG